AUGGCAACUCAGGCAGCUAAUUCUGUAUUGCCACGCUCUGCCUUGCGGACUAUAAAUGCACUCCAAUUGGACCACGACCGUCUGUCAGAGACCUCCAAGAAUGACUACUCAUUUCGUUCCAAUUCAGCGGAUCAUAUUGCGUUAUUUAGUGACCAUAUACUCAUCAGACGGUCUGCCAUGGGUCUACAGGGGGGCGGGAUGCAUUGUAAGCACCUAAAAGUCUCCUUGCUGGGCACCCAUCACAAAGUCACUCUGGCCUUAUUCUGCAAGCUACUCACAGGGCAAAGUCCUCCACUGGAGGUCCUGCGAGAGCCAGUUGGCGUGGAAUGGGGUCUGCGCCGCUUGAAUCAGCAAGGCACUGACAUUCGCAUGACGGUGUGGGCUCUCAGCGUUGCCGAGGCCUUUUCUGAGCUGAGAGUGGAGCUCUGUAGGGAGAGUCACGCACUGCUUCUUAUUGUCGAUGCCGGGAUUGAGGGAAGCACACCUGUAUCAGAACAGCUUCAGCAGCUGCAGGUACUGCGAGACUCUUGUGUGAAGGCCUUGCAACCGAACCGUCAGCCGGAAGUAUUGCUUGUGGCAGCAGGAGGCGAUGGGCCUGCAUGGGCUAAAGCCGCCAUAGCGUGUCGGAGAUUCGCUAGCACUCAUCGCUGCCGAUUCCUCGAAGUGCAACCGGUCAGCACUGCUGGUACUGAGUCUCUUCUGCGUUUGCUGAGCGCAAGCAAUUCUGCCAUUGCGGAUCCCAAAGCUGGUAUAUUUUAA